CAUUGAAUGCAGCCCUUUCAAGAUGCAAGACCCACCACCUAUGAUCAUCGUUGAUUCUCUCCCUAAGGGCUCUAGACUGAUUUUCCAAGACUCUACGUUCUUCACGCGAAAUGGGCCUGAAGCAACUUUCCCAUCUGCUGAUCAAGUUCGAGCCAAGAGUGAAGCGGGUGAUCAUGUCCUUGAUAGAAAGAAUACUGUUAUCUUUGAGUCACUUGACCUAGUCGUCAAAUUCGGCAAAGAACCUCGAGUCACUAUUGCGGAAGGCCAGUGCCUUUGGUGGUUGCAUCGACAUCUUCCAAGAGUCCCUGUGCCUGAGAUAUAUGGUUGGAUAGAAGAUGAAGCAGAAGUCUUCUUGUACAUGCAGUUGGCCGAGGGUGUGACCUUGGAGAAAAGAUGGGAUUCUUUGGGUAGAGAGGACAAAGUUGGGGUUUGCGAACAAUUGCGAGACAUAGCCGUUGAGCUACGUCAAGUAAAGCGUGAUCCAGACGACGAGUUUCUCGGACAAAUCAACCGCGGACCACUACAAGAUGUUGUAUUUGCUGACGGCAUCCGGCCAAGAGCUGGACCGUUUUCAUCUGUGAAAGAAUUCCAUGACUGGUUUUCUUUCUUAUUUGAACGGCUGGCUGCAAAUGGUCCCCACUCUGAAGAACAUAAAGUCGAGGACGUACCCGAUCCAUAUCGUCAAUUGCUACAAGACAAACCCGACGUUGUGUUUACUCAUGCUGACCUCCACCGGAGUAAUAUCAUGGUCUCGGAAGGAUCACCUUGUCGUGUUGUGGCUGUGAUAGACUGGCACCAGUCAGGCUGGUAUCCAGAUUACUGGGAGUUUUACAAGGCCGAGUACACCAAUCACUGGGAGUCCGAGUGGGUACAGGAGUACAUCCCGAUGUUCUUGGAGGAACCCAGAGAAAUGUUUACUGAGGGGAUUGAUAGCUAUGCAAGCUCAUGGGGUUUUAUGUAG